AGCUUAGAGAAAAAUCUGACUCAUAAACUGUUUUCAUAUUAGGAUAAAAGGUUGAUAGCAAAGAUAUCAUCUAUAGUUCUUAUAUGUUUAAGAUAAUAAAACAUAUCUUUCAUUCCCCAGUUCAUUCCCACUAGAACACUGAGGACAAUUAACCUUACAUUUCUUCUCACAGCUAUACAUAGUGCAUAUUUGUUACACACAUAAAAUAAUAUGCUGUUGAUUGUGAUUUUCUCAUACCCUAAGUGUUUACAAUAAAAGAUAAAUGCAGCAUGAGAAACUGGAUUACUAAUGUGAAUUACAAAUUAAAAUAAUGGUUUUUAAUAUUUUUAUAAGGAUCUAUUGGCAUAAAGGUUUUGAAAAAUCAUCAAAAGAUUUAAGAAUUUCUGUAGGCCUGCUUUUCACAUUUAAAUUUCAUUUCUUUAAAAAAAAAAUUCCAUUUCUUUGCAAGUGUUCUUUCUUCUUUUUGCCUAACAAAAUUUUGGAAUGCUUAGUAUACCUGGAUUGGAUGGGGAAAGGGAUUCUUUGGUAAUGUAGUACUGCUGUAGUCCACAUUGACCUCAGGUACUGUCAGAUUUAAAAUCCCUUGAAGCAUUAAUAGAUCCAGCUGUUACAUCACAAUUAGAUUAUUCUAUCUCCUAUUAGCUGACCAAUAAAUUACUCAUAAGGAAGAAUUUAGGAGUCUGGGGAUUUAGCUCAGCGGCAUAAGCGCCUGCCUUGCAAGUGUGUGGUCGUGAGUUCGAUCCCUGGUACCGAUAAAAAAGAAAAAGACAGAAAAAGGAAGAAUUUAGAUAGGUUUGCUGACUUUAUACAGUCACAGACUUGUACAUAAAAUGAAAAUGUACAUACCAUAGCUACUUCCACCAGACUGCUUUUUUAAUGGUGUGAUCCCGUGUCAUUUAUAUUGGCAUAUUACAGAGGUGGGUAAACUAACUAACUUUAACCUGCUGAUGGGUAUGUUUUCUCUUUACAGAGUUUUGUUGGAACAAGCCAUGCAUACUCACUUACAUAUUGCCUUUCUCAUAAAAGGCAGAGUUGAAUACUCACAGAGAGGAUGUAACUGGAAAAACCUAAAAUACUUAUUAUCUGGCCAUUUACAGAAAAAAUUUGUCAACACCUGGCCUAAUAAACUGGAAAUAAAUAAAGUGUCUGAAACUCUGUAACAUAUACAAGUAUAUUAGGACUAACUUCCUCCAUGCUUAGAAUCUGAGAAAAAUGGCAAACGUGCACGACCGGCAUCACCUCAUCUCUGAAAUAGAUGAUGAAGUAAAUCCUGGACCAAUGAAUAUUCAGUUUGAUUCAUCAGAUCUAAGAUCCAAAAGGCCUUUCUAUAUAGAACCCACAAACAUCGUCAAUGUGAAUGAUGUCAUUCAGAGGGUUAGUGACCAUGCUUCUGCCUUGGACAAGAGAAUUCAUUACUACAGCCGGCUUUCUACUCCUGCAGACAAGGCACUGAUUGCUCCAGACCAUGUAGUUCCAGCUCCUGAAGAAUGCUAUGUGUACAGUCCUUUGGGUUCUGCUUAUAAACUUCAAAGUUACACUGAAGGACAUGGCAAAAAUACCAGUUUAGUGACCAUUUUCAUGAUUUGGAAUACCAUGAUGGGGACAUCUAUACUGAGUAUUCCUUGGGGUAUAAAACAGGCUGGAUUUACUACUGGAAUGUGUGUUAUUGUGCUGAUGGGCCUUUUAACACUUUAUUGCUGCUACAGAGUGGUGAAAUCACGGAGCAUGAUACCUUCAUUGGAUACCUCUACCUGGGAAUAUCCAGAUGUCUGCAGAUACUAUUUUGGUUCCUUUGGUCAGUGGUCGAGUCUCCUUUGCUCCUUGGUGUCUCUCAUUGGAGCAAUGAUAGUUUACUGGGUGCUUAUGUCUAAUUUUCUCUUUAAUACUGGAAAGUUUAUUUUUAAUUUUAUUCAUCACAUUAAUGAUUCAGACACUGUACUGAGAACCAAUAAUAGCAGCCCGGUGAUUUGUCCAAGUGCUGGGAGUGGAGACUAUCCUGACAAUGAUUCCAUGAUCUUCUAUGCAAAUGACACAGGAGUCCAGCAGUUUGAAAAGUGGUGGAAUAGGUCCAAGACGGUACCUUUUUACCUUAUAGGACUCCUCCUGCCACUGCUCAAUUUCAAAUCUCCUUCAUUUUUUUCAAAAUUUAAUAUCUUAGGCACAGUAUCCGUUCUCUAUUUGAUUUUUCUUGUCACUUUGAAGACUAUUCGGCUGGGAUUUCAUUUGGAAUUUCACUGGUUUGUGUCAACAGAAUUUUUUGUACCAGAGAUAAGACUUCAGUUUCCACAACUGACUGGAGUGCUUACCCUUGCUUUCUUUAUUCAUAAUUGUAUUAUCACACUCUUGAAAAACAAUAAGAAUCAAGAAAACAAUGUAAGAGAUUUGUGCAUUGCUUAUAUGCUGGUGACAUUAACUUACCUCUAUAUUGGAAUCCUGGUUUUUGCUUCAUUUCCUUCACCACCAUUAUCCAAAGAUUGUAUUGAGCAGAAUUUUUUAGACAACUUCCCUAGCAAUGACAUCCUAUCCUUCAUUGCAAGGAUAUUCCUGCUGUUCCAGAUGAUGACUGUCUACCCACUUUUAGGCUACUUGGCUCGGGUCCAGCUGUUGGGCCAUGUCUUUGGUGACAUUUACCCUAGCAUUUUCCACGUGCUCGUUCUUAAUAUAAUCAUUGUGGGAGCUGGUGUGAUCAUGGCCUGUUUCUACCCAAACAUAGGAGGGAUCAUAAGAUAUUCAGGAGCAGCAUGCGGUCUGGCUUUUGUAUUCAUAUAUCCAUCUCUCAUCUAUAUAAUUUCCCUACGCCGGGAAGAACGUCUGACAUGGCCUAGAUUAAUCUUUCACAUUUGUAUCAUCAUUUUGGGCCUGGCUAACCUAAUUUUUCAGUUUUUUAUGUGAAAACUGUUUUCUCAAGAUCUGUCAUGGUAUUUUGAGCCUUGAAAAUACUCCUACAUAAACUCAAUUGUAAGACCUGAUGUGCUAUAAUCCUGAAUGUUUUCCUAAGAUAAUUCGAAAGCAAAGGAAAUAGACCAUUGAUAAUUAUUUUUUUAUUAGAGUGGGAAAAAAGGGCAAUAAGAAUGAUCUUAGUCUCUACCUUUCUUAUAUUUACUCAUUUCUUUGUUCUCAUUUGUCUUUUCUGUGUAGAAAUGUAGGAAAAAUCAUAGUGGGCUUGCUUUUAGAAACAAGGUAGAUGGAUUUAUUUUGACUACAAUAAGGAUUCUCAGGGUGUCACGGCAGCUUAUUGCUAGAUUGUGUUUCUGUUUCAUGUUUCAGUGUACUUCUAUUUUUUUUAACAUAUUUGCAGUUGGCCUACACUUCUACUGUUUAGGACAGUAAACCAAAUACCUCGUUUUUAGUUUCCAAGGUAUCAGUGUUAAUAGAAUGAAUUUUUAAAUGGUCUUUAAUCUGUUUGAAGAAGAAAAGUUAAAAAUAGUAUCAGUAUGGGCAUUAUGAUCAGAAAUGUAUGCAAAAUAAACAAAGUAAGAGAGUU